ACGGUGCAAAAUAUUAAAUAGACCUAAUUUCAAGGGUGCAAAGUGGCAAUUACUCUGAAUACAACAACAGAUUACCUCUGCUUUUGGUAAUCUCAGCCAGAGAAAAAAUGGCGACAAUGGCUCAGCUUUGCUGCUCUCCUCUUUCCGGUCACUAUUUCCUUAUCAAUACCUCCCCUCUCUCCACCACCAGAUUGGGCAAUUCUACUAUCUCCAACACGAUUUCAUUACAAUGCAGUAAAACCAAAUCUCACACACCCUGCGCCGCCGCCGCCGGCGGAGAUAGCGGCGGCAUUGGACGAAGUAACGGUGGCGGCGGCGGAGGCGGUGGAGGAGGAGAGGACUCCGAAAGAAGCGGUGGAGGCAGUGGUUUUGGACCCAUCGGAGCUCUAUUAAACGGGUGGAGGGCUAGGGUUGCGGCGGAUCCACAAUUUCCGUUCAAGGUUCUGAUGGAAGAGAUCGUCGGCGUGAGCGCUUGUCUCGUCGGAGACAUGGCUUCCCGCGCCAAUUUCGGCCUCGACGAGCUCGAUUUCGUCUUCUCCACCCUCGUCGUCGGCUCGAUUUUGAAUUUCCUGCUCAUGUACAUACUGGCCCCAACCCUAUCCUCCUCGGCCCAAACCCUACCCGCCAUCUUCGCCAAUUGCCCCACGAGCUACAUGUUCGAACCCGGUCCGUACACCCUGCUGAACCGGCUCGGCACCUUCGUCUACAAAGGCGCCCUGUUCGGCGCCGCCGGGUUCGCGGCCGGAUUCGUGGGAACCGCCAUAUCGAACGGGCUGAUCAAGACGAGGAAGAAGAUGGACCCCAAUUUCGAGACGCCGAACAAGCCCCCGCCGACGAUUCUGAACGCCGCCACGUGGGCGGUUCAGCUCGGACUGAGCAGCAAUUUCAGGUACCAGACAUUGAACGGAAUCGAGUUUCUGCUGGCCAAGGGUUUGUCGCCUAAUUUUUUCAAGACGUCCGUGGUUGUUCUGAGGUGCUUGAAUAAUGUUCUCGGUGGAAUGUCCUUCGUCGCCAUGGCUAGGUUGACGGGUUCGCAGGUUGUCGGAAAAGAGAAGGCGGAUUCAUAAAGCUUUUGAGUAGAAUGAAUUAUUCAAGAAAAAUGUGAUCUUUGAUGGUUGUUUAGAGGGUUUUGGAGUUAGGUUUAACAGUUAAUUAAUCUCGUUUUGUGUUUUGGUUUUAUAAUUGUUUUUCCUUAAUUUUCUUUUGUAAAAUUGACUAAAGCUAAAUUGGUGUUUGUAAGAUUUUUGGGAAGGGUUCAUUUAAUUAAAACAUAACUUUGCAU